AUUUAUUUAUUUAAAUUUAUUGGCCGGCCCAUAAAUCCUGGCUUUGUCGAAUAUUUUGGCACAGUCCAAUAACAAUAACUGGCCUACCUUUGAAUCUAACCAUUCUGUUCGACCAUUGAAGUGCGUUUCUCUGUUUCUUUAGGGCUGCAGGGUUCUAGUUGACGCACGGGACAAACUCGGCAUUCCUUGGCAGUAUGCGGAAAAUGAGAAACAUGGGAUGUUUCUAAUGGCCUUUGAAAAUAAAGCCGGGAUGUUCGUUGAGCCCUCGGUGUUCCAGUUGUACGUACCAGCCCUGACCGGCUUGUGGAAGGAUUCUGGGAUCAAGGAAGCUUUUAGCCGGCGAAGUGAAUAUCAGCUGGGUGAAUCAGUAAAAUAUUUCCUGGAUAAUCUGGAUCGGAUUGGCCAGUUGAACUAUUGUCCCAGUAAGCAAGACAUCUUGCUGGCUAGAAAAGCAACCAAAGGGAUUGUGGAGCAUGACUUCAUUAUUAAGAAGAUUCCUUUCAAAAUGGUGGAUGUGGGUGGACAGAGGUCUCAGCGCCAAAAGUGGUUUCAGUGUUUUGAUGGGAUAACAUCUAUACUAUUUAUGGUUUCCUCAAGCGAGUACGACCAGGUCCUUAUGGAAGACCGACGCACAAACAGACUAGUGGAAUCCAUGAAUAUCUUUGAGACCAUUGUCAACAACAAGCUCUUUUUUAACGUCUCUAUCAUUUUAUUUCUUAAUAAAAUGGACCUCCUUGUGGAGAAGGUCAAGAAUGUCAGCAUUAAGAAGUAUUUCUCAGACUUCAGAGGAGAUCCUCACCGUCUGGAAGACGUCCAGCGUUAUCUGGUACAGUGCUUUGAUCGAAAGAGGCGAAAUCGCAGUAAGCCUCUUUUCCAUCAUUUCACGACAGCCAUCGACACAGAGAACAUCCGCUUUGUGUUCCACGCGGUCAAGGAUACCAUCCUUCAGGAGAACCUUAAGGAUAUAAUGUUGCAGUGAAUGAAAAUGGAUUUCUCUUUAUGGAAACCUAAUCAGUUGUAGGCCCAACUGUUACCACUAUGGGUUUUGCCAUGUAUCUUUUUCUCUGAAGAUCCAUGCCCUUCCUUGCAUUAGGAAGGCUGGACAGAAGAGCCAGAAGCAGAAAAAUUACAGAAGUUCAAGUGAGCUACUGAAUCGCCUAGCUGAAAACACAACUGAGAAAGUGGCUGUUGCAAACACAUUCUUGUCUAAACCCUGAACUUCCUCUUGGCUUUUGAAAAGCGAGCCCCAACCUUUGUGGGGAAAUGUAACAAAGGUCUCUGUGUGAAUUAAUCUUAUUCCGCAACAAUGCAGAACAUGCUAGCUACCAUACCUGUCCGCCUCGCUAGUCUUGGGUGCUGAAUAAUGAAUUCAGUAAUAUAUUUCAUUUCUUCAUCGAUGGUUCUUUUUAGAGAAUACCUUGUAAUACAUUGUCAUAAUUCCACAAUCAGUUUAUAGGCCAGGUGCAUACACAGAAGUUUGCCAACAUUUGGAUGGCGUUUGCCAACUGGCUAUCCUAGCUCUUGUUUAAGGAAUCUCUCUUCAGCUUUCCUUAGGUAGAAAUCCAGAAUUGUAAACUGAAUUUAAGUGGUCAUGCAAGCAAAACACUUUUUUUAGCAAGACACAUCAAAACAGAGCAGCUAUCCAAAGCCUGGGUUGGUAGAACGUGGCUUUGCACGGCAUUGUUACUGUGUGAUGGGACACAGCUUCAGCAGUAACGCAGUCUGAGGACAAUGAACAUACACACCUAGUGCUUAAACCCUUAAAACAUCUUUUAACUCUGUUUUCAUAUUAGAUCUAUAUAAAAAAAAAUCCCUCAGUGCGACAGUGUUUCCUGUCUCUAAUAUGGAAGUUAAUAAAAAUUUUAGACAGGUCUUGGCAAGGAGCAACUGUCCAUAGCACUAUAGUGAAUUGCUCUUAAAAAUCAGUGUUUCAGAGGCACUGAGUUUGGAAGAAAGGAUCUUGCUUUGAGUUUAUUCUUAAUUAUAUAGGGAUUUACCAAUGUAUGUCAUAAUGCAUUUAAAGAAACAUAAACUGUCCCGUGUAAUUUGCCUGUUUAAGGCUAGAAUAGAGUAUGUGUGAACUUGCAGGAGGCUGUGAAUAACAUUGAUGUGAGCUUAUUUUUUCAUUCUAAAAUGUUAUAUUUAACUAUGGGUGCCUUUCUUUUGUGUCCAGAUAGUUCACACUUUGUCUCCUCUGAGGUAUGUAUUAAUCAAACUAAGUCCUGCCUUAUCCAUUCUAUAAUCAUUAUUCAGGGAUAAUCUUAAACGUAAGAAAUGUUUACUGUGACUUUGGUACCAUAUUUUGUAAUAAAACAAAGGGCUUAGUCUUUCCUGUA